AUGCACACCCUCCUCCCAUCUCUUCACUCAUUAAUUUUAUAUGGCUGUCCAGAAAUUGAGUCUUUUUCGGAAGGGGGUCUGCCCUCCAAAUUAGAUUAUCUAUCUAUCGGUAAUUGUGAGAAACUUGUUGGUGGCCGAAGAGAUUGGGGUUUGCAAGCAUUACCCUCCCUCACAUGCUUUUCGCUGAAGGGUGAAUCUGAAGAUGUGUUGGAGUCGUUCCCAGAGGAGGGGCUGCUGCCCCCCACUCUUACAUAUCUCUGCUUCAGACAUCUGGUGAAUCUCAAAUCACUCAACGGAAGGGGCCUUCAACCUCUUGUCUCUCUCGAAGAAAUGUAUAUUACCGAUUGCCCACAGCUCCAAUCCUUGUCGGUAGAGAGGCUUCCCAUUUCCCUCUCAAAGCUGGAAAUUUGGGACUGUCCGUUGGUGGUACCUCGUUGCCGCAGGGCGGAAGGAGAGGACUGGCAUAAGAUUGCUCACAUCCCUCAUCAUAGUUACAGCUUGUGUAUGGAGGAUGUGAUGAAAGAAUGUGGGGAAAUACUGGUGAAACUAUUAGGCCUCAAAAGAAAGUUUUGGGCCACAAUGAUUCUAGAUUUGGAUGGUAAAUUCAGAAAUUAA